AUGUCCAAUACAACCUCGACGAAGUACUACAAAGUCGCAGUACUUGUCUACGAUGGAGCAGAUAUUCUCGACUUCACUGGUCCGAUAGAGGUUCUUUCGCGUGCAUUGCAUCAUCAAAACCUGGAUGAUAUCAAUCCAAUAUUUGAAAUUCAGACGAUUGCUCAACACAAUUUUAUAACAACCGCAUCGCUGAAGAUAGAAGCGGAUUUUCUGCUAGCUGAUGCUAGGGAAACGAUCACAAAAUACGAUAUGCUGCUUGUUCCAGGUGCUUCCCAAACCACUAUCAAGAAGCUUGUUGACAUCAACACUCCGGAAUUAGACUUGAUUCGCCGAUACGCAUCAGGAGAGUCAAAACGACCCCGAAUCAUACUUUCUGUCUGCACCGGUGCCUCUCUUCUAGGUGCUGCAGGAAUUCUAUCUGGAAUCACCGUGACUACUCACCGCCGAGCCCUUGACCUUCUACGAGAAACCUGCUCUCAGACUCUUAAUUAUGAAGAAUCAAAUAUAUUGUCUCGCCGAUUUGUUGAUGGAGGACUUUUGAAGGGGGCAAAUGUUAGGGUCAUAUCCUCUGGCGGGAAAUGGCGUCUUUAA